AUGGCUGGAGUCAUUGCAGCAUUCCUCCUGCAGGUGGUUCUGUUGUCACAUAUGAUGCACGCAGCCUAUAAGGACAGCGAUGGCCAUGAACAGUUGGUUGGCAUUGUUUUCAUCAUUCAGCACCUCUUCCUGACCUUCCCGCGGAUUGUCUUCGCUCUGGGAUUCCUGCUCAUGCUUACUCUCCUACUAGGUGGCUACACCUGCUUUGUGUGUCACCUCUGCGUCACCAACCAGACCACCAAUGAGUGGUACAAGGCCCGAAGUCUCAGCUCCUCAUCAGCAUCUGCUAGGACUUACUCCAGAGGCAUUAUGGGUAACUUGAGGGAGGUUUUCCAGCCUUAUAGGAGUUGUAACAAGAAGAGAUGA